AAGUAGUAAACGGAAGUAAGCGUUGACCAGUUAACAUUUUCACAUUAGCGUUUUUAUUGUUGUCUUUUAGACAUUUAUUAAACCCAUGGAACUCAAAAUAUUACUAAUUUAACUACACAGCAUCACGUACUUGCCCCAGGUAGUCUUUGAUUCGCGUUUGAGACAGGACUUGGUUAAUGUUGUCUAGGUAAAGUUAGCUGCUAACGUUAGCUAACAAUGGCUGACAGUGUGGUUUUUCACACUCAAAUAGCCUCCAUUAUGGAGGUACUAGCGAAUACAGCCGUGGCAGAGGUCUGUAAACUCGUAGAUGACGACUAUGCAGUGUUUCGUUUGGAAAUAACUCAAAACCAGAAAGAAAACAGGGCGUUGCGAAGGAAACUGCAGCUACUGGAACUGAAGGUGGCACGGGAGCGCGUCUUCGCCAGUCGUGUCAAGAUUCUUGACCAGUACAGAGGAAUGGCAAGAGGUGAAGGAGAUCUCACUGGAGGCCACAGGAGCUUUGUGAAGCCAGCGGGACACAAUACACUGAUAGAUGACCAACCAGUCACUGUUGAUGAGGGGAGGGGAACCUCAACCCAGCACAUUAUCGUGAUAGAGUCUGCAGAUGCAGGUUCUGGGGUCAAGCUUGAGAGGUCUGAAAGAGAGGAGGACCCAUGGCAUAGCAGAGACACCCAGACUCGAGCGGCUGUAGAGCCCCAUGUAGCCACAAAGGACACCCCCACCAUCGCCCCAGCACCUCCCAGGACCCGACGCAGAAUCACGGAGGAUGAGGAGGGUCCAGAGGUGCUGCUGGUGAAGGAGGAGGGUCUGGGGAACCCUGAGGGGACCAUGGUCAUGGAGGACAACCAGACUACAUCUCCUCCUGAACCCACAGAGGAACCAGCUGAGCAGCACAGGACCACACACAGUCUCACUGAGUCAGACAUGGAGGAUGGGAAGCCUGAUCUGCUGCUGGUCAAAGAGGAGACAAUAGAAAACGGACCAGAGAGCAUUGACCUGCUGAGUGGACUAAAGAUGAGGGAGCAAGGUGGUUGGCUGGAGGGCAACAGAUUAGACUGGAUGGCCAACUUGGAUUCCAAGACUCAGACGGGUGCAGCCAAGGUCCCAGGGGAUGACACCACCGAGCAGGCCAGGACCAGAGGCGACAGUCAAAUGUAACUCGGCCACUCAAGAACAUUCACUGUCUUCUUGGUAAGCAAUGCCAGUGUAGAUUUGUCCUGUCGUUUUAGGUUAUUGUUCUGCCGGAAGGUGAGUUAAUCUCCCAGUGUCUGCUGGAAAGCAGACUAAACCAGGAUUUCCUCUAGGAUUUUUCCUGUGCUUAACUCCAUUCUGUUUAUUUUUUAUCCUGAAAAACUCCUGUCCUUAAUGAUUACAAGCAUACCCAUAACAUGAUGCAGCUACCACUAUGCUUGAAUAUCGGGAGAGUGGCACUCAGUAAUGUGUUGUAUUGGAUUUGCCACAAACAUAACACUUUGUAUUCAGGACAAAAAGUUCAUUGCUUUGCCACAUUUUUUGCAGUAUGACUUCAGUGCCUUGUUGCAAACAGGAUGCAUGUUUUAUUUAUAUUCUGUACAGGCUUCCUCCUUUUCACUCUGCAAUUAGGUUAGUAUUGUGGACUAGCUACAAUGUUGUUGAUCCUUCCUCUGUUUUCUUCUAUCAUAGAGCCAUUAAACUAACUGUUUUAAAGUCACCAUGGGCCUCAUGGUGAAAUCCCUGAGCUGUUUCCUUCCUCUCCGGCAACUGAGUUAGGAAGUAUGCCUAACUGUAUUUUUGUAGUAACUGGGUGUAUUGAUACACCAUCUAAAGUGUAAUCAAUAACUUCAUCAUACUCACAAAUCAUGUUAAACCCUAUUAUUGCAUAAACCCUAUUGUUGCUUCAAUAUAUCCACAUAAUUUUCCUUGUUCAUGAUGUCACCUAUUUUGUGAAGAGCACCAGUCCCUCCUACAACAAAGCACCGCCACAACAUGAUGCUGCCGCCCCUGUGCUUCUAUUCAGUUCUAUUUUUGUGUCAUCAGACCAGAGGACAUUUCUCCAAAAAGUACUGUCUUUGUCCCCAUGUGCAGUUGCAAACCGUAGCUCUUUUAUGGCGGUUUUGGAAUGGUGGCUCCUUCCUUGCUGAGCGGCCUUUCAGGUUGUGUCGAUAUAGGACUCAUUUUAAUGUGGAUAUAUUUAGAUACUUUGGUACCUGUUUCCUCCAGCAUCUUCACAAGGUCCUUUGCUGAUGUUCUGGGAUUGAUUUUCACUUUUUGCCCCAAAGUACUUCAUCUCUAGGACACAGAACACGUCUCCUUCCUGAGCGGUAUGACGGCUGCGUGGUCCCAUGGUGUUUAUACUUGAAUACUAUUAUUUGUACAGAUGAACAUGGUACCUUCAGGCAUUUGGAAAUUGCUCCCAAGGGUGAACCAGACUUGUGGAGGUCUACAUUUUUUGUUUGAGGUCUUGGCUGAUUUCUUUUGAUUUUCCCAUGAUGUCAAGCAAAGAGCUACUGAGUUUGAAGGUAAGCCUUGAAAUACAUCCACAGGUACACUUCCAAUUGACUCAAAUUAUGUCAAUUAGGCUAUCAGAAGCUUCUAAAGCCAUGACAUAAUUUUCUGGAAUUUUCCAAGCUGUUUAAAGGCACAGUCCACUUAGUGUAUGUAAACGUCUGACCCACUGGAAUUGUGAUAUAGUGAAAUAAUCUGUCUGUAAACAAUUAGGUGUCAAGUAGAUGUCCCAACCGACUUGCCAAAACUAUAGUUUGUAAACAUGAAAUUUGUGGAGUGGUUGAAAAACAAGUUUUAAUGACUCCAAUCUAAGUGUAUGUACACUUUUGACUUCAACUGUAUGUAAGAUUAUGGAGACUUACUUCCUGGAGAACAGGGGGUUAAUAUUGCCACAUCAGAUUGGGUUCAGGAAGGGGAACUAUGGACCCAGUGCUCUGCUUAUAAGCAGAGGUCAGGAAGGCCCAGGUCAAUAAGGAGACUGUUGUAGCUGUCUUGUUUGAUGUGGAUGGCGUAUGAUAUUGCUAUCAAGCUUGACCUUAUUGGUGUAGGAAGUAGAACGUUCAACUGUUUGGAAGGUCUAUCCAGGUGAGGGUGGGGCAGCUACUUGGUGGAUAAUGGUAAACCACAGGGGAGCGUGAUUAGUUGGGGUGCACCGACAUUACAAUUUGCCGAUAGCUGAUAUUUUCCUUGCCAAAAAAAAACAAUACCGAUAACCGAUAUUUACAAGUUUAGCUGUCUUUUUAAGCUUUCUAGUACAUUUAAAUAGUUUAAACACACACUAAAAAGUUAUUCUGUUGGCAUUUACGGAUGUCCCCAUUACCAGUAAAACAUAAUCAAAACCUAUUUGUUUCACUUACUUGCUGUUCAUUUAUUCAGUCUUAACCAGGAUUUCAUCAUACAUGUCAAGCAGUGAAGUUUCAGCUCUCUUUGUCCGUGGCCUCUCUUCCUCGGUGCGCACUGUCACUGUUUCUAUCUUGUUCAGCUGUGUCUGUAACAUUUCACAUAAACCCUGUUGCUUGUCUGCAUCGAGCAUGGAGGCGAAACAGUAAAGAGGCUCAGAGAGAGUUCCAACGAAUCGCUUGUUCACAGCCUCUUGUAGAGUACUUUUGCAAGUUUUAACCCCGCGGUCUGUGUCGGCAGUUUUGUUGAGCAGGCGUUUCAAUGCCGUGACAGAGGGCAUUACGUCUGCUGCAGACGCUGUUGAUGAGCUUAUUUCUCGAGACAGUUCGAAUGUAGCUUGGAGUAUGUUCAUGUUUCAAACAUGUUCUCAAAUGCCAUUUGAAAUGGCAGCAGUGGUAUGAGAACCAGCACAUUCUUGAGCAUGCAAUACGGCUUUCCUCAGUACGAAAUUCUCGUUGUCCCACUGCGCUGUCAGACUCAGCAUGUUCACAAGGCUGACAGCGCUGGUCCAAAUUUCAGUCGUGAAACUAAUAGCAGUGACGCCCAUAGCAAGUAGCUUAUGAAUGUGCGUUUCAACAAUACUCUGUAACUCCGGUAGGGUAACAUCUGAAAAAUAGCGCAUACUUGGUAGUGUGUAACGGGGCUUGAGUUGCUCGACCAGUCGACGAAAGCCAAAAUCAUCCACGACAUUGUCAAGGGCAAUGAAUUCCAAUAUCUUGGCGAUAAUGGAUUUCGCCUUUGAGUUGUCUCGCUGAAAUGUUCUUACUCUUUCAAAUGACUGCUCAAUUUGAACUUUUUUAGUGUUGGUGUGCGCUUUAGUAUUUUUCUGCAUUUGUUCUGUGUUGCGCUGUAUUUUCUGUGGCGUCAUCUACCUGCAUUAUAUAGGUGUGCCCAUCAGCUUUGACAUUGGUUUUGCACAUCAGCGUUAAACUAGACACCGGGCUGAUGCCGAUGUUGGCAUUUUUAGCUAAUAUCGUCCGAUUCUGAUAUGCUUACCAAUUUAUGUUGUGCAUCCCUAGUGAUUUGUCAUCUUUUGUUCUCAAUCAAUAUCAAUUAUGUUUACUCUCAGGUACAGCUGGAUAUUGGAAGGUCUUUAUUUGCAGAUGAUGGGGCCUAAUGGAAGAAAUGUACCAUUCACAGUCAGGAUGUACAGGAAGCAGUCGAUGAGGUGGUCAUUAAAGUAGGGAUUCAGAUUCUCUGUAGAGAAGUCAGACAGUGUUCUUUACCAUGAGGAAGGUGGGAGAUGAGGUAUGUCUGAGGUUGUAUGGGAGAGACUGGGGGCCUUCAGGUUCCUAGGGAUGUACUUUGACAUAAGGCUGACCUGGGCAGAACACGUUGAGAGAGUGGUGGGAAAAUUCUAUAGGUUCUGAAUGUGAUGCGCUGUCUGUAGCUUAUGGUUCAGCAGCCAGGAUAUCACUGGAAAGAUUAGAUGUCAUACAGGCGCAAGGACUCAGAAUAUGAAGCCAGACAGAGUAGUGGUGUGCGCUGUCUCAUUUCAUCAGUACUGAUAAGUCUACAGUCCUUUAGCUCACGCAGCACCAGACAAAACCUGCUGUAUGAGGUACUACAAACCCAUCUAUCUUCUAUAUACAGAGGGGAAAAAAUUGAGUCAAAUUUGAUUUGUCACAUGCUUUGUUAAGAAUAGGUGUCGACCAACAGUGAAAUGCUUACUUCCGGGUUCUUUUCCAACAAUGCAGAGUUAAGAUACAAAAAUACAAAGUGACACAAAGAAUAAACACACAGUAAAUAACAAUACAGCGUAAAAAUAACAUGGAUAUAUACAGGGAGUGCAAGUACUUAGUCAGUGCAAGAGAAUUAGCACCAAAAAGGGUCAAUGCGCGAGUAGUAAGGGUAGCCAUUUGAUUAGCUAUUUAGCAGUCUUAUGGCUUGGGGUUAUAAGCUUU